GGGCUCCAUUUGAUAUUUCGUCUCCUACACAUCGAUUUAUAGUAGAGCAUGGUGGACCUGCGCUUGGGUGACAUGAUCACAAGAUACUCCAAUGACUAACAGGAUCAGCAGAUCUUUACUGUUGGCCAAGUAAUCGGUACGAGCCAGUUUCUACAGAAAACCAACUACUGUGCCACUUUGGAGUGGGCCAAAGAGGAAAAGCACCUAACAUUCACAUAAUUUUGAAGUUCUGGCUUGUGGAACUAAAUGACACGAUUGGCCAUUACCAGUACUAGCGUUUCCUCUGUCACACUGAAGCUAGUAGCAGUCCGGUUUUCCUGAUCAGACAAACAACAUCACACUCUGCAUCUAGCAAAUCUCACAAACAACCAAAAAAUGACACUCCAGAAACUAUCGAAAUGCACAUCCCAAAGCACCCCGGCAAUCGUGUCUCCACCCUCCUCUCCUACAAGCUCAAAGAACCAGGUCCAGAUCAGGAAGAAACGUCCAUACCGAAGAACCAAGCCCUCCACAAACCACGCCAAAAGGCGGCUUGCUCCUGAUUUUCGGCCAACCUCUUAUUCGGUGAUCUGUGGAAGGGGCAAGGAAUGCUUUGAUAGUGAAGGAAACAAACGGUUUCGUGAGAUCAUCAACAAGUACCUUGAUGAGUAUGCUGAUGCUCCUGGAAAGUCAGAAAAGAGUAAGAUUGUGUCAAAAGCAAUGUCCAUCAUCCGAGAGGCAAGCCCUCAAGGGGCUUUCGUCAAGUGUGAGAAUGGAGUUUGGUGGGAGGUAUCCUCACGUUAUGCCCGAGAAAAGGUUGGUGCGUGGUUCAGGGACUGUCUACACGUCAAGUACAAGAGUAGUUCAAAGGCCAAGCAUGCCAGGAAGAUGGCCAAGAGGGUCAGCUUCAACGCUCUAGACCCUGAUGAGAUUAUGAAUUUCCCGUUGGAUGGCGAGUUCGAUCUGCCAGAAUUGGAUGAAAGCUUUUACGAAGAGGUUGAUAGACGGGAGAGCAUCGUUAGUUCCCAAGAUUCCAUGCAAGAUUCCAUUGACGACCAAGUGGGCGAGCAUCAUAUGGGCGAAGAUAACAUUGUUGGCCAAGAAGAGGAUGGCGAUGACAAUGGUCCGAAGGGAGAAGGUAUGGCUGACGAGGGACCACCAGAUCUUCCAAGAAGCAGCAGCGAAGACGUUGUAGACAUGAGCGACAAACCGUUCCAUGAUCGUGACGACAUGGACGACAUAUUCAACUCAUCAAGCUCCUCGAGUGGGUCCUUCUACGACAUCGAUGACAUGUCAUUGUCAUUGAUUCCAUUUGAUGCCGUGGACGACCUAUAGGCAGACACAGCCACGUAUCGGCACGCUGCAGCCACGUCCACACACACACACACACACACAUGUGAUAUGGGUUUGUAGCUACUAGCUAGGCUCAUCUUUCUUCUGCAUCUUUUUAUGGUCUCUACCCUCCUCAUGUUUCUCUCAAUCCCUAUCUUCAGUGACUAGAGCUAGCUCUAGCUAGCAUUUUAACUCUUAACAUGUGCACACCGCAGGUACUCGCUGCCUCUUCCUGACUGGAAAUUAGAAUUGGUCUUGCUUUUCAACUCCAUACUGAUGAUGCCCACCGAUGGGCUUUGCCACUGGAUAGUGAAUUGGACGCUAAUAAAGUGGAGGUCUCAGGCAGCCAGCAUCCUCUAUGAACUGCUGCGCUUCCUUGACCUGAGAGCCUACCUGGCACCGGUACCAGAUAUUAGCUUCGCUUCUUGCACUGUCAUUUUCAGACAGAGCCGACCAGCGGGAAACCCCAGUGAAUCGAAUCCACACGGUCGGCCCGGAUAGCUGAUGAAGGCCACUUGCACCGCUGAUACACUGUACACUGAUACAUGUAGCUUGGCUAGCUCCGACGAGCUGGAACUGGCCCAGCCUACGCUACUAGCUAGCUAGCUAGUCUAAGAAGCUGUACCAGCCAGCACGUCACGCACUGCAGCACCUGGAGGUAAAUGAUUGAUUCUGCGAAA